UCACCUGAAGUACAAUAAAAAAUAAAAAUAAAAAAAGGAAAAAAAAUGCUCAGAAUGUUAGGUUUUAUUUUCAAAUGCAUGGGGAACAAUUUGAAGCACCUGAUAAGCAAAUGAAGAUGCAUGCUAUGAAUUUUCAGGUGAGUGGUCUGUGUUGAGGUUGUAAUUCUAAACGUUGAGUUUUUGAAUCUUUCUAACAAGAUUGUGAUUAUCGCAGGUCCAUGGGAGUGGAGUAGUGGACAAAAACAAAUUUUGUGAUCUUUGCAACAUAGUUUUUAGCUCCACAGUUGUUGCUCAUUCUCACUAUAUGGGGGGAAUCCAUGCUAAAAUCACGAAGCAGUUAAUGGGAGGAUGCGAUCAGAUAUCUCCAUCAGGAUUUCAGCCAGAAAUGGCAGGUGUGCCUAUUACUGCUUCUGCAGAGCCAACCUUCAUGAAGCCCUUUGCUGUCAAGCCUCCUCCAGCAUUUAAUAUGAGAACCUACAUUUGCCAUAUUUAUAGCAUUACCUUUAUAUCUUCAGAAAUGUUCCGGUCCCAUAUGCAAGGAAAUGAACAUCAAAUUAAAAAAACGCUUGUUAUCAAUCUAGUGAAAAAUUCAAAGACACAAGAGCCUUUCCAACAUGAAUGUGAAGAUUACAUCAACAUGCAGAAAGCCAGAGAACUACAGCCAAACACUUGUUUCAGAAAGAUGGAAGAGAGCUUCUUGGAAACAUGUGAGUACAGAGAAGUGAUCGAUUUUGGACCGAAACAAAGAAUGUUUGAGCAAAGAUUCCCAUAUGAGACUUUCCAGACAUACCCAGGACCACACAAUAUUUCACAAGCAGUGGAAAACCAGUUACCUCAUUACUUACCAGCUCAUUCACAGAAGGGGUAUGACUCUUUCCAAGAUGAACUGGAGGAUUACAUUAAAGAGCAGAAAGCCAGAGGACUAGAGCCAAAAACUUGUUUCAGAAAGAUGGAAGAUAACUUUAUGGAAACCCAUGGGUACAGAGAAGUGGUUGAUUCUGGACCUAGACAUAGAAUGUGUGAACAGAGAUUUUCAUUUGAGACUUCCCAGACCUACCAAGGACCAUACAGUGUUUCACCAGAGGAAAACCAGUUAUUGUAUAGGUUACCAGCUUCUUCAAAGAGGACAUAUAACUCUUUCCAAGAUGAACUUGAAGAUUACAUCAAAGAGCAGAAAGCUAGAGGACUAGAACCAAAGACUUGUUUCAGAAAGAUGGAAGAUAACUCUAUGGAAACCCAUGGGUACAGAGAAAUAGUUGAUUUCAGACCUGAACAUAGAAUGACUGAGCAAAGAUGCCCAUUUGAGACUUUCCAGACCUACUCAGGUUCAUACAAUAUUUCACAAGCAGUGGAAAAACAGUUACCUCAUUGCUCACCAGCUCAUGACAGCAAACAGAGACCAGACUCUGUGAACUACUAUCAACUCACCAGAGACUGUUUCUCAGAAAAACCAGUACCCCUGAGCCUUAGUCAACAAGAAAAUAACUCUGGCCCAUACAGUGUAGAAUCUGAAGUUUACAAGAAUCUCUCCUCAGAAAACAAAACCAGUAACCAUCAAGCAAGUCAUAAACGGAGACAUCAGAAGAGAAAGCGAUAUCUGGAAGGAGAUGAAAAGUCAGAGAAGGAGCAGUCCAAACAUAAAAGGAAAAAGAGUUAUGAAGAUGUGGAUUUAGGUGAAGACAAGAACAUCCAACAAAGGGAAGGAAAAGUAGAUAAAGUCAGUGUCAGUUCAGGAAAGCUUAAACAUCGAAAGAAGAAAAAAAGUCGUGAUGUAGCCUCUGAGAAAGCAGCACGUAAGCACAGAAAAGAGAAAAAGAAACAUGUCGAAGAAAGGACGGAAGAGGAAAUGCUUUGGGAUGAGUCUAUUCUUGGAUUUUGAACUUUUAGUUUUGUUUACCCAAGGAUGAAUUGAAGACAUAAGGAUAUAGAUCUAGACAAAGACAAGAGCAGCCAGUGAAGAAAAAAAGAGAUACAGUCAUGUCAAUUCAGCAAAGCUUAAGCAUUGAAAGAAGAAAUAAAAAAGCUUAAGCCUAGCCUCUGACAAAGAGGGACAUAAGCACAGACACCUACCCAGCGGCUCCGAGGGAGAAAGACCUGUGAUCUGUUUCCAUAAAGAUUACAGCCUAGAAAAUUCAAUGGGGGCAGUUCUGCUCUGUCGCAUGGGAUCACUGUGAGUCAGAACCAACUCUGUGGUACCAAACAACAGCAAGCACAGAAAAGAGAAACCUGUUAAAAAUGGAAGAGGCAAUGCUUUGGGAUGGGUCCGUUACUGGAUUUUGAAACUCUUUAGUUUUGGCAUCCCAAUGUUGAAUUGGAAGAAGUAAGUUGAGAAGUUUGGUUUCAUGAAAUUCAUGUUACUUGAAUUUUCCUGGGUGGACAGGUACUUUAACCUCUACCAACAGCCAAGUGAAGUAAAAGUGUUCAAUAUGCCUUUUCCCCAAGUUGGAAAUCACUUUUCUUCGUUUUUUUAAAAACAGAAAAGUUCCAUGUUUCUUACAUGUAAUGUAAUUUCCCUUAAUGAGGGUGUCUCUACUUGUAUUCAUUAAAUUGCUGUGAUGGUAAAUUAUUUAUCCUUGGAGAUCAUUUAUUUUAAAUGAGAGAAUUACCAGGCAUUGAAGAAUCCAUUCCUUGUUUGGGUUCGUGUUAGUGUUGGUGGCGUUUUAUUGUUUUUGUGUGUUUGUUUAUGUUUCCUGGUUUCUCCAAGGAAAAUGUGUGAAGCAAUUUAGACUGAGUUUUUUUUCUUUGUUAAAUUUAAUUUGCAGUGUAUUUUUGUAUUUUCUAGUUCUGAAAGUGGAAAGUGAAACAGCUAUAAUAAUAAGUUUAACAAUCUAUAGUUUUAAAAAGCUCUCAAAAAGUAUGGAUACAGAAUCAGUCUAUAUUCUGGAAGUGUUUAUAUUAAAGUAUUUUAAUUUCUACAUAUUGUUUUAUGUAAAUGAUCAUUUCUCAUUCAAAGAUGACUUUAUUUUGGGAGUGAGAGGCAAUAAUUGAGUAGUUUGUACUUUUAAGACUUCUGGGGAGAUCACUCUGUAAAGUUGUAAUAAUUGUAUUUCUUGUACAUCUUGUUUAAUAAAAGCUAAUAUUCAGACUUGAGCCCAGUUUUAGGUAAGAAAAAUAUGACCAACUAAAUACUUGAAACUGAAGAAGGAAAAUUUUAUAAGCCAUCGAGGGCCAUGAGGGUGUGUUAACCUUUAAACUGUUUCAUUCUGGCCAUUUUUGAUUCUGGCGUUUUCCCUUUUUAUAAUAAGCACCUCUUGUAAGCAUUGGAGCACCACUGUAGUAUAGUAGAAAGAGUAAUGGCCUGUGAAUGCAAAUCCCAGGGUCUGGUCUCAGUGUACCAUCAAGUUGCUGUGUGACUUUGUGGAAACACCGUUAGAAUCCAACCUGGAAUCAUCAAGAAUAGGAAAAUAGACUGUAGUAUUCCCCUGAUGUAUUAAUCCUAUCGGAAAAGUAAAUAAACUUAGGAAGUGAUAUAUCUGUAUUUAGG